AUGAACUACCCCCAAUCAUCGGGGUCCAGCAGUGAUAGCAGCAGCUCAUCAGUGCCACAUGGUGGUGGACGGGUACGCUCUCAAUCUGGGCAUGAGUGCGUAGUAGAGAAGAGCCCUAAAGGCCGGUUUCACCGGUUCAACCGGAAACUGGGAUCGGGCAGUUAUAAGACGGUUUAUUUGGCGUUCGAUAAUGACACUGGUAGGGAGGUGGCCUGGAAUGUGAUAUCUUUUGCCCAUCUAUCGCGGCAUGAGCGAAAACGGAUAGAUGACGAGAUUAAAAUUGCCAAGUCGCUUGACCACGAUCGGAUUUUAUCCUUCAUCAAUGCGUGGAUCAACAAGAAAAAAGAGGAAGUUGUAUUUAUCACUGAGCGCGUCAAUGGCGGCUCCCUACGACAAUACAUCAAUCGUUUGGAUGGGCCCUUGAAGGUGAAGGUCAUACGGAUGUGGUGUAAGCAGAUUUUGGAGGGUAUCAACUACUUGCACAAUCAGCUCAAGGUGCCUGUAAUUCAUCGGGAUCUUAAAUGUGAUAAUAUCUUUAUCAACGGUAGCGACGGUAAGGUUCUUAUUGGCGACCUCGGCCUUUCUACUGCAUUGCAGCAUGCCUCUGUUGCCACCUCUAUUGUUGGUACCCCUGAAUUCAUGGCACCCGAGCUGUACGAGGAGAGUUAUGGUCCGUCGGUGGAUAUCUAUGCAUUUGGUAUGUGUCUAUUGGAAAUGGUCACGAGGAGGUUCCCUUAUGCUGAGUGUGCUACUCCGGGCCAAAUCUACAAGAAGGUUAUUAAUGGGGAGAUGCCUGACAGUUUGGAGCGAAUACAGAACAAGGAGUUAAAGCGUAUUAUCGAGCAGUGCAUCGAGAAGGACCCGGCUAUGAGGCCCACAGCAGCUGAGCUGCUGACGAUGUCCUGUUGGGACCAGAAGGACGAUGGCGACGAGUUAGCCACUCUCGAGCCAUUGCCGUCAUCCAAAGAUGACGAUGGUGAGGGUGUUAAUGAUGAGAGCCCUAAUAAGGAGAAGGGUCAUCGGCCGCGAAAGGGGCGUGGUCUCUCUAAUGUGCCUGACCGCGCUGUUGGGGUGGAUACCGUUGCUAGUGCUCAGCCGGGUGUGGCGGCUACCGUUGCUACUCCUAAUGGAGAUCGUUCGGCGACUGUUACUCCACGGGGUAGCGGGGACGGGAUUGGACGUAGUGGCAUGCCCACUGUGAUUCACAGAACGGAGGCGCGAAUUGAGGAGGACGUAGAUGUCCAGCAGCAGCAGCAAGUGGGCUCUGGAGAGAGACGCUCACUCCAGCUAGUCGCUCCUCCAGGAGUUGUGACUGACAGUGAGAGCGUCAAGAGCACUCCGGCAGACGUGGGCCAACAGAGGCUCCGAACGUCUAGUGAGAGCAGCGACGGUGGGAUAGCUUCAAGUGAGCGGACCAUUUCGGCACCAGUGGCCGCAGAACCGGACGCAGGCGCCCGAGCGGGUGGCGGGAUAGACCUGACCAGCGACUCGAGCGAAGCGCCGCAGCUCAUAUCGGCUACUACUCACAUUGAUGCAGCUAACUCUGCUACUCUCACUGGUGGCGAGGCGAUUAUCCGUCGAGAUGUGGCGAGGAGGCCACCCAACUCGAGAGUGAUGGCGGCUGUGGUGGCUCGUGACGGUACAGUGCAGCUGCCUCCGGAGAUUGAGGCCUUCUGUCGUAAAGAGCUGGGGUCGGAUCGAGUCACUAAUGUGGUCUUGCUUAUCGAGACGGAGACGGACAAGUUCCAACGGAUUAACUUUGAGUACAGUCUUGAUGAAGAUACUUGCGACUCCAUCGCAGAAGAACUGCUUGAGAAUAACCUCGUAUGGCGCGAGGUUAAUCGGGACCGUCUUGUGCAGAAGAUUCGACAAGCUGUUUUUAUGAGGGUUAAACAGAUAGCUCUCGAGGAAGGGAUACCUCUAUCCCCGCCAGUUGCUGCAGCUAUUGCUAGCAGCAUCACUUCUACUACUACUACUACCACCGCUGCUAAGCAGCUCGGUGUGAACUCAGUGUCACCGCCGGUCCCAAGGAUCGCGGAGGACCAAGCUUUGAAGGUCUCGGAGUCUCCCAUGUCGCAGCCGAGAACACCUCCGGGUGAUAUAGCUACAGUGUCUGGGGAGGCGGUGGCGGCGGCUACUGAGGGGGAUGGUGACGAGGGUAGGCGCGCACAGGCUCGUGAGGUAGUGACAGCUAAUCCUGUGACGGUGGAGUCUGAUGUUGUAAAGAGGAGUGGGCCGGUUGCUCAGCCACCAGCUAUCAAUCCGCAGACUUAUGCGGCUGUUGCGGCGAUCGUGCCCAUUGGCACUCCUACGACCACGGCCUCGGCUCCUUUCGCGACGAAUCUUCGUGCGGCGGCUGUUGCCAAGCAAAAUGGCCCUUCUCAUCCCGUCGUUGCCGAGACUCCGCUUGGCCCUGCGGAUGAAGUGGCUGACGCACGAGCAGCAGCACCGCCUCAAGCAUCUCCCACUACGCCUGCUAAUGGAGUUGGUGUACCUGCGGUAUCGUCAUGUGGCAAACCGCCCCCUGCUCCACCACCCCGGCCAACCUCGCAUGCAUUGGCUCUCUUGGACACCAGUGGAGGACGGCUUUCGUAUUCCCCUCCGAGUGGACAUGGCGAGCCGUCGAGUGGGACAGGGAAGCUCCUUAAGAAGAUGAGUAUGUCCAAGUAUGUGCCUCUGACACCGGAGACGACAGCUCAUCUCACCAACGAUUCAGUAUCGGGGGUGGGCCUAGAGCAGGUAGUGCCGCACUUUUAUAAGGAUGUCCUGAAUGCGGAGUACGGCGACUCGGGCCAGUCUGGUGCUGAUUCGACGAGUGGUAGGGCCGCCUCGACUAUAUCGUCGGAGGUCCCAAUUUUCCCCGAGAUCCCUCCACCGUUGAACGAUGGUCAUGCUCCGACCGAAGAGGAUGUCGCCUGGGUACAGAUAGCGCUGGCGGCGGUGGUGCCUAGUGUGAGGCCGACAGCUUUCCCCAAGAUAGGCGUCAUGUGUCCGGCCACGGUCGAGGUUAUCAAGGGCUUUCAAGGCUACCACAGUCUCCCUGUUGAUGGUAAUAUGGAUGAUCGGACGUGGCAAGUGCUGGUGGAUGCAUUGGAAACGAGGAGACAGAAGAUUGAGGAGAGGGAGGCCAAACGGGCAGAGGCGAAAUUGAAGGCUAAGAUGGUGAGCUUAUAG